CCUGGGAAUUAUUCGCCAGUGCCUAUUGAAAAUUUAACGUUGUACAAUCAGGUGCCAUCAUUGAGUUAUCAAGAAUGUUUUCCAAGUGUACCUUCGUCCUUGCGGUACUGUUGGCCGUAUUUUUCACAAAUUACGCACCAUCAAACGCCUACAGCUACAGUCAAAGUUACGCGGCAAAUAAUGCAAACAAAAGUCAUCACUUGAUCGUUGGCAGAAGACUCUCAGGUGAUUCUGUGACAUAUCAGGAGAAUAUUGUCAAGUCAUCAAAAUUGUGGCAGAUUGUCACCGUGCAGAAGACGUUCUAUGCAGCAAGAAAUGAAAGGAUAACCCAAGUUGUCGCACUGGAUCAGAAAACAAAUGGAAAUGGAGCCUACGCCAGCAUUGUCGAAGGUGGACCUGGUCGGAAUGAUGUCACCAUCAGAUUCAAGAGUCAGCGGGGCCAUGGUAUCAACUUCAUUGUUCAACUCUACUCCAGGCCUUGAAUUGUAAACUACCAAUGCUAUUAUAACUAAUGAAAAACGACCAUUUAUCAUUGUUUAACGAAAUUUUAAUAAAUCAUCAAGUUCAUACUGCAAUCAAA